AUGGUAAUAUUUUUAGAUGGCAAUGUUCCUUCAUUCCAACAAGCAAGAAAAAAACGUCAGGAUGCUGGCUUGGCACCAGAUACAGAAAUUGGCGUUCAUCCAAUCCCUAGAAUAUUAACUUUGGAGCCAUUUGCUUUUGAUACCCGACUGGGGGGUGUUGUGCUAGAGGGCUUAUUUUUAUCGCCUCACGCAUUCUACAGGGAAAUAAUUUCACCUGAGAUAUUGACGAUUCGUUUACUUUCCCCAGUCGCCUUUUACGCAACAAUUCUUUCUCCUAUGGCUGUAUUUGCACGUGUUCUAAGCCCUGAAGUAUUCAAAGCUCAAAUAUUAACACCCCAAGUUUUAGACACUUAUACUCUCAGUCCAGAAGCUUUUAUGGCAGAAGUUCUUUCCCCUGUAGCAGCAGAAGCACGUGUUGCUUCCCCACGUGCUCUAUUUGUACAAAUUCUCGGCCCAUCCGCAGGCGAAGUAACAUUUUUAUCUCCAAACUUUUUUGCUGUACUUGUGCUUAGCCCUCAUUUUCUUUCUCCACGUAUUUACAGCAAAGAACAUUACUUGAUUGAGAUUUUAUCUCCUCACAUACUUGGUGGUGAGCACAGCUCAGAAUCAGAAGAGGAUGAACACGAACAUUUAGGAGGGGCGGUUCGUUUUGUUGGAUGGCCUGAUCACUCCCAUGGUGGAAAAAAGAAAAAAGGGGAAGGUGAAAGUGAGCAUAAGGAAGAGGGCGGAGAAAAUCAAAAUAAUAAUAAACAAGGGGGAGAGGAAACACAUCAACACAUGGAGGGUGAACAACAUUCAGAAGGAACGGGGCAGCACUCAGACGGGACAGGACAAUCAGAAAGUGGAGCACAACGAGUAGAAGCAUCGGGUCAUCAAAAUGUAGGAGCUUCUGAAACUGGACAAAAUGGAGCGGGACAUGUAGCAGCUGGACACGAAGUUUCUCAAAAUGGAGGUAUAUCAGAGGGGAUGUCAGCAGUAGGAAGUUCAGCCUUAGAAAAUACUGGACGAGUGGGUGGAACUAGAAAAAUUAAAUUUAUAUAA